UAAAAGGAGCAGUGUGUGAGUGUGUGCAGCUUGAGUCUGCUCUCACAAGAAGUCGGAGUCUCUUGUAUCUCGUUCUUUACAGACCUGAACAUGAAGCUCCUGAACACUUUCUCCCUCACCACCAUCUUAUUCACUCUUUCAGGUUUGGAAGCCCUUGUGUUGACUCAGGAGAAGGCGAUGUCUGUUCAGGCUGGGCAAAAUGUGAAGAUUCUGUGUUCACCCAGUACAGGUGACUGGACCAUAGCAUGGUACCAACAAAAACCUGGAAAAACUCCAACAUUCUUGUUGUCUGAUACAACCAGAGCAAGUGGACUGCCAAGUCGAUUCACCUACAGUGGAUCUGGAUCACAAGAAUAUCUUCAAAUUAACGGUGUUCAGGCUGAAGAUGAAUCCGUCUAUUACUGUGCUUGUCAUGGCUGUGUAGGAAGUGGCACGUCAGUUUUUGGUGGAGGCACUGAAGUUACUUUUGCUAUUUCAUCUCCUCCUUCCCUCGCUCUGCUGGCUCCCUCUGUGUCUCUCUCAUCAGCCGAUGAAGUCAGGGUGGUGUGUCUGGCGCAGGGUUUCCGUCCAGACAGCGCCACUCUGUCCUGGUCUGAUAACGGCAAUGCUGUAGCGGGUUCUGAGGUGCAGACGAGUUCUUCUGAGCGUCAGUCUGACGGCACCUUCAUCCAAAGCAGCAUGCUGAAACUCAGCCCUGAGGGCUGGAGGUCCGGACGAACCUACACGUGCCACGUGAACCACCCGGCUCUGUCAGCACCGCUGAGUCAGAGCACCAGUGCUGAGAAGUGCAGCUAGACAGCUAGUAAUGUAGUCAUCAGCAUAGAGAAAGAAGAGCUGGAAUAUUAGUAAAAAGAAGGCUUAAUUCAUUACUCUUUAUGCUUUUCUGCUGUUUCUUUAAACAUGCUGCGGGAGAUUUGUCUGAAAUUAUAUUCUGUUGUUUUUAUCACCUUUCUUCAAUAAAAUGAUUUUCACAU